AGUAGAGCUAGUAGUCGAUCCGAGAAGGCACUAUCGAUGACCAGCUAAAGCUGCUGCUCCGACUCAGAUCUGCGGGGUGGGGAGUCAGCAAGUCUGAAUUCGGAUUUUUAAAACCAUGGGAUUCGAGUUGGACCGUUUUAAAGGGACCGUGGACCCGGAUUUCAAAUGUAACUUGUGCAAUAAAGUCCUGGAGGACCCACUGACGACUCCGUGUGGUCACGUCUUCUGCUCCGGCUGCGUUCUGCCCUGGGUCGUCCAGCAAAGCAGCUGCCCCGUCAAAUGCCAACGCAUUUCGGCGAAAGAGCUCAACCACGUCCUUCCGUUAAAAAAUCUCAUUUUAAAACUGGAGAUCAAAUGUGACAACCACGCGAGGGGCUGCGAUGCCGUGGUGAAGCUCCAGCAUCUGGCCGAGCAUGUCGAAAUGUGUGAUUACUCACCGGCGAAGUGCAGAAAUAAAGGAUGCAGAGAGGUACUCAACCUGAGGGAUAUGAAUACUCAUAUGCGGGAGACGUGCGACUACAGGACGGUAGGACUAUGCGAGAGCGGCUGUGGUUUGAUGCUCACCCAGAAAGAGCAGAAAUUAAACAGUCACUGCUGUCUAAGAGCCCUGAAAGCACACAACAGCGCGCUACAGUGUAAAAUCAUCUGCCUGGAUAGAGAGUUCAAGAAGCAAACUAUUAAAGCCAACAAAAGGGAGAAGGCACUCCUGGCACAACUUUCAGCGGUGCACAGCGAACUCCAGAUGACAGCUCUGAAAUAUCAGAAGAAAUUCACCGAGUACAGUGAGAGGAUCAAAUCCCUCACCAAGACCGUGGCUUUUUCUUGCAAGGAUGACAAUGACAGCACUUCAAAUGAAGGGAUCUUUGUAUCCAAGAUGUUGACGGAAGGUCCCGCAGACAAGGAAGGAGGUCUCCAGUUACACAACAGAACUGUAGAGGUCAAUGGCAAGGAUCUCUCCAAGUCCACCCACGAUCAGGCAUAUGAGAACCUCUGCACCGCUAAGGAGCCCAUCAUGGUCCAGGUUCUGCGCCGAACACCAAAUCUCAAACUGGCCAGUCAAGCUGCUGACUUCCAGAUCUCAGACGUCAGCACCCAGACGGACAUCACCCUUCAGGACAUCAUGGCGCUUACAAACCUACCUUCUUCAACCCCAGUGACAGAGCUGGAUGAGUAUCUGCUUCCAGAUGAGCAUCAUGCUGGACAUGAAUUCUUUGAACCAAAUGAGUUCCUGGAGGGCAUACAGCAGGACAUAGAGCGAGAGGAACUGGAAUAUGAGGAAGUUAAUUUGUACCGAGCAAAUAUCCAAGACAAGCUUGGUUUGACAAUCUGCUACCGAACUGAUGAUGAAGAUGAGGCUGGAAUCUACAUCAGUGAGAUUGAUCCAAGCAGUAUUGCUGCAAGGGAUGGCAGAAUAAGAGAAGGGGACAAAAUCAUUCAGAUUAACGGUAUUGAGAUCCAGAACCGAGAGGAUGCUGUAGCGCUGUUGACCAGUGAGGGAAGCCAGAAUAUCUCUCUUCUGGUGGCCAGGCCAGAAAUGCAGCUGGACGAGGGCUGGUUGGAUGACGACAGGAACGACUUCCUAGAUGACCUCCAUAUGGAUAUGCUGGAGCAGCAACACAAUCAUGCCAUGCAGUUUACUGCAAGCAUUUUUCAAUCGAAGAAGCAGGAAGAGGAAGGAGGCACCACAGACACCGCCACUCUGCUGUCUACCCACCAUGAGAAAGACAGUGGUCUUGGCCGCACAGAUGAAAGUACACGAAAUGAUGAGAGUUCAGAGCAGGAGAACCUGGGUGAUGACCAGACCAUGGCUUCUAACACAUUGGAUAGGUGCAGAAAGCUGAUCUACAGCCAGGACAACACUGACCUACCCUUCUAUGAGCCAUUCAUCUCUGCAGACUACGCUGAGACUGACCUUCUGGGAAUCACAGCUGAUGAGUGUGAGCAUUUCAGAGAGCUCCUGGAGCUGAAGUGCCAGAUGAGAAACACCAGAGCUCCAUACUGCCAGGCUGAUGGAGCAGUUAGCCAGGAACAAGAGGGUGUGGACAAAGAGCUAGAGCUGCUCAACGAGGAGCUGCGCACCAUUGAGCUGGAGUGCCUGAAUAUUGUCCGUGCUCAUAAGAUGCAGCUUUUAAGAGAGCAGUGCCGUGAGUCCUGGAUGCUUCAUAAUAGUGGUUUCCGCAACUACAAUACCAGCAUUGAUGCACGCAGACAUGAGCUCUCAGACAUUACAGAGUUACCAGAGAAAUCAGACAAAGACAGUUCAAGUGCCUACAACACUGGCGAGAGCUGCCGCAGUACACCUCUUACAUUGGAGCUAUCACCAGAUAACUCUCUCCGUCGAGGAGCAGAGAAUCAGGGCGCUGGGGCGUCAGGCUCAAACAGUAGAGUGCUGAAACCUCUCCUGUCCCCUCUACAGGAAGUCUGCGGCCCUAGUAGAAGCAGAGACCCCUACAAAGAUACAAAUGGUGGACUGCAGGCGGAGAGUGGGCAGAGGAAACUUGCCGAGUCCAGUAAGUCAAGGCAAAAUUUCUCCCAGCCACAUUCACCCUACAAGCAUGCACACAUCCCUGCCCAUGCCCAGCACUACCAGAGCUACAUGCAGCUGAUCCAGCAGAAGUCAGCUGUGGAGUACGCCCAGAGCCAGAUGAGUCUGGUGAGCAUGUGCAGAGACUCCAUCAUCCCUAACGACCUGGAGCCUAAAAUGGAGUGGAAGGUAAAAAUCCGCAGCGACGGCACACGUUACAUCACCAAGCGGCCUGUCCGGGAUAAGCUGCUGCGUGAGCGCGCAUUACGCAUUCACGAGGAGCGCAGUGGUAUGACCACAGAUGAUGAUGCUAUAAGCGAGCUGAAAAUGGGCCGUUACUGGAGCAAAGAGGAGCGGAAGCAGCACGCAGUUCGUGCUAAGGAGCAGAAACAACGUCGCGAGUUCAUGAAGCAGAGCCGAGCAGACUGUCUAAAGGAGACGGCGGGUCUGGAGGAUAAAAAGGAGCCCAACAUCAUUGAACUCAGCCACAAAAAGCUGAUGAAAAAGAGGAAUAAGAAAAUAUUUGACAACUGGAUGACCAUCCAGGAACUCCUGACCCAUGGUGCUAAGUCACCAGAUGGUACAAGGUCGUACAACUCACUCCUCUCUGUGACAACAGUUUAAGUUUUGGCCUGAGUUCAGGUGGAAGUCCAGUCAAAGAAGGUGAAUUGCAUGUGAUUUACCAGUGGAGUUACCAGUUCAGGUAGUCUUUACCACCUUGUUUAUGUGCCAACAUUUUGUAAAUUAGAAAUUAGAAAUGAGGAGAACCUUUUCUGAAUAUGCAUUUUCCACCACUUUGGUAAACAGAAGAUUUUUAUUGAACUUGAAAUGACUUGGUCAUUUAUCUGUGGAUGAGUUGGAAAUCUUUUUCACAUUUUUCAGUAGCCUUUUCUACACUUGUAAUCUUUCAAAUAGUUUCAGAAACAAAAACACAAUGUAUGACUUUUUUUUACAGUUUUGAAAGUUUGAAAGCCCUAAGUGCCAUGCAUAGACAACUUUUCACAUUUUUUAUUUUGUCUUUUAUCAGUGUUGUAUUUUUGAAUGAAAACAAUGCUAUUUCCCAACAAGGUAUAACGCAUUAUCCUUUUUAAAAGGACUUUUGUAAUUUAAAAAAUACAUAUUAUGCAACAAAUCCACUUUUUUGGCUUAAUUUCUCUCUUGUGGUGCUGAUUUCAUACAUGUUGCCAGUGACUCACCAUCUGUUGCAAACUGUAUACAAGACAGGAGGUUUUGUCAUCGUAUUUGUACAUAACAUUACGAAAGGAUGCUAAUCACUUUAAAAUGUAAGUAUCUGUUCAUGUUAAAGUAAACCUUGUAGCCAUUUUGCUUGCUGAGGCUGUCAUAUAUUGAACAGAAUAAAAGCUUUACAAAUC